CUAACCAGUCUGGUUGUAUCAGUGGUCACUGCUGCAUUAGUAUCACGAGAGACACCAGUCCGUUGGUGUUGUCGUUGUACCGACGAUAACAAACUCGAUACAGUAUUUCCGCCAACUAAUCAUAACUAAAUGAUAGUAAUUUUAUAUUUACUUGUUUUUUAACCGGUGUAAUAUUAAUUUUAUUCGUUUUGGCGUCGUAGACUGUUCGUUUAUAAAUCUUUAAUUUUAUCGUGAAGAUAGGAAUUUAUUUCUGCACAUAUUACCUAAUCUCGUGUUUAUGUGCGAAGAAAACCUACGAAUCAAAGAAAACUAAUCAUCUUAUCCUCGUUCCCAAAAAACGUAAACACGGCUCUCCGAACGCGUGCCUCGAGGCUGCUGACGACAUGUCAUCGUGUUAGGUCCGACGACAGCGGAUGUAAUAUGAAUGACAUCGAAACUAUAGCGGCUUCCGUUUUCUAUUCUGCUAGAGACGGGAGGCUAAAAAAAUUACAGUUGUUAUUAGAAGGCAAAUCUCCUAUGGAAAAUGCCAAAUUGUUGAAAACUACAACAAACGGUGCAACUCCAUUGCUGAUGGCCUGUCAAUAUGGACAUUACGAUGUCGCCAUGUAUUUAAUAAGAAAACACAAAGUUGAUAUUGAACAAACUGGAUCAGUGGUAUUUGAUGGUGAAACAAUAGAAGGAGCGCCGCCAUUAUGGUGUGCAUCAGCAGCUGGUCAUCUUACUAUAGUUAAAUUAUUAGUCAAAGAAGGUGCCAUUGUAAACUCUACUACCAAGACAAACUCAACACCUUUAAGGGCAGCUUGUUUUGAUGGACACUAUGAAAUUGUUAAAUACCUAGUUGAACAUGGUGCAGACAUUGAAGUAUCAAAUCGCCAUGGCCAUACUUGUUUAAUGAUUGCCUGUUUCAAAGGUAACUAUCAAAUAGCUAACUAUUUAUUGUCAUUAAAAGCAGAUAUAAACAAAAAAAGUGUGAAAGGUAAUACUGCUUUACAUGAUUGCGCUGAAUCUGGUAGUUUGGAUAUUUUUAAAAUGCUUAUAAAAAAUGGAGCGAAAAUGGAAGUUGAUUCCUAUGGAAUGACUCCUAUUUUAGCAGCUUGUGUAACUGGUCAUGCAGAUAUUGUAGAAUAUUUAGUAAAGAGUGAUAAUUUAGUAACGCGAAAAGAAAAAAUUGAAGCAUUAGAGUUACUUGGUGCCACUUAUAUCGAUAAGAAAAGAGAUUUAAUUGGAGGAUUUGCAUUAUGGAAGCAAGCUAUGGAUUUGAGAUUUAGUGAUGACGAUGAACAGGAUUUACCAAAACCAGAUAAUGCAUUACCAAUUGAAGCAUAUGAGUGGGCCCAAGAAGUAAAAAAUCAUGAAGAACUUAAUGAGUUAUUAUCUGAACCUGAUGAAAUGAGAAUGCAAGCUUUAAUGGUAAGAGAAAGAAUUUUAGGCCCCACUCAUCCAGACACCAGUUAUUAUGUACGAUACCGAGGAGCUGUUUAUGCUGAUGCUGGCAAAUUUACUAGAUGCAUAUCUUUAUGGAAUCAUGCUUUAGAUAUUCAAAGAGGUUCUCUUGAGUCGUGCCAUCAUAUGACAGUUUCUUCUUAUUUUUCCUUUGCCGAAUUGUUUUCAUUUAUGUCUGAUGCUUGUGCUACUAAUGAAGAAAAUGGUUACAGGCAAAUGCCUGCCCUAUUAACUUUUGAAGACGUUUUUCAAGUUCUGACAAAAGCUGUUAAUGAACUCGUUGAACCCAAGGAGCAGCCAUCAUCAUUUGAUUUAUCUCCUAGGUUGUUACUCAUUUCAUUGGAUCUCUUCAAUAUGGCUCUUAAAUUAAUUAGAAAUGAUGAACAAUCACAUUUAACACACCGCUUACUUUAUCAUUUAAAUAAAUCUAAUAUUUUAGGACAUCUUGGUCAAACACCUAUUCACUUAGCUAGUGCCAGAAAAACUGCUUUAGCAGUACCUUUACAUCCACAAAUAGCUCAUUUAGAUGAUUUGUCUUUACUCCUCAGAGCAUUACUAAAAAUUGGUGCCGAUCCAAAUUCAAGAGAUAAUGAUGGUAACACUCCACUUCAUCUUGUAACACCCAAAGACACAACUACUAUAAAUCUUUUAUUGGGAGGAGGAGCACAUUAUGAUUCUGUGAAUAAUGCUGGUCGUACUUUUUGUGAUAUGCGUAAAGCUUCACCUCACAACCCACUUUGGCACACAUCUUUAGCUUGCCAUGCUGCCCGUGUUAUACGUAAAAACCGCAUACCAUUUGUAGGACACAUACCAGUGACGUUAUAUGAAUUUGUUGAAAAACAUUAAUUUAAAAAAAACAUGUUAUAAUUUUAAAUGUUUAUUCUGUAUGGUUUAAUGUUUCUUUAAUUUAUUUUUCACACCAAAAAAUUAAUUUACUAAAAUAAUAUAUUUAUAUAUUGAUGGCUUUGAUGGAUUCCAAAUGUAAGCCAGUCACUUAAAAUUGUUCUAUAACUAAAGGAAAGUUAGAACUUGUAUGUGUGUAUGUACUACUUUAAAGACUCAUUUAAGUAUAAAUUUUGCCUAUUUUAAAUUUAAUUAAUUUAAACUUUUAUCAUGUAGACUAAGGAAUUAUAAUUUAAAAUAAAAACAAAUUUUUUAUAAGUAUAUUCUAAGCCAUCAGUAUUGUUAGUAUUACAUUGUAAAAUAAUAUUAUAUGGAGCAAAUAUUCACAUAACCAGUUUAAAUCAAAAAACUGCUUUUAAAUCCAUAUUAUUAAGACUCCAGAAUUACUAUUAAUGUGUUUCAAAUAUGAUACGAUUAAAGUAAUAAGCAUUUACAUACUUAAGUAUUAAUUAUGUAUUGAUACCAAACUGUAAUAUUUGUCUGAGAUUAUUUUCUUGUUUAUAGUGAGAGUAGACGUUUUUGGAACUUAAUUUUAUUUAUGUAUAAUAUAGUUGUAAUACUUUGUUUACCUAGAUAAAGUUAAAUAAUUUUAUUUUGUAAUAAAUAAAUUUUAUUAAAAUAAUUAA